AUUCUGGUCCCAGGAAGUGUUCAACACAUCCAUGGGCACCGUGUGAGAGUCCAUCUGUAUGUGUGCUGUCUGCGAACCGUGGGCGUCUCGGGUGCUCUCUAUCUGCAUGGUUUGGCAUGUCCUCGGCUCGAAGUGUUCCAGUGCUCCCACCCUGCCUCGAGGGAGUCUGGGUUUUAUCUCUGCCCUCCUGGACCAUUUCUAGCUCUCCUCCGAAGACCUGCUUUGCCGUGGACGUGGUGGCAUCCCGCGUCGCUCGCGCCUCCCCCAGUAACGGCCUUCUCCCCGUCCCAGAGCGCCGUCCUGCCAGCCAGAAGCCCGAGGAGAGCUGGCCAAAGCACCGAAAAACAGACCCUCCCUGGGCAUCCACCCUGCCGCGCGCCCCGGCCGGCUCCCCGCCGGCCCGCAGCAACCUGCUGGGUGGCAGCGGGUCCCUCUCUGGCCCACGGCUCCGGGAGUUCCAUGGGCACGGUGGGGGAGCAGAGGCACGGCACGGGCUGGAGAGGCAGGAGUACACGGUGCUGGCAGACCUGCCCAAGCCCAAGCGCCUCGGGCAGCGGGACGCUGCUGACCGCUGUGGUUCCCGGACACUCAGCCCUGGCCGAGUGGAGGUGGAGAGGAUAUUUGGAUGUGAACGCAGGAAAUCAGAGACACUGGAGGCCUUCCAGGCUCUGGAGGAGGGCCGUGUGGAGCGGCUCGAUGGCAAGACGCCGGUGCCACCCAGCAAAGGCCACCUAACUCGGAGGCGGUCCAGCCCCAACCUGCCCAGGGAGGCUCAGCGACUCUCCUGGCAGCUCGAGCAGCGCAGCAGAGACCCCAAGGAGCCCCGGCGUUCCCCCAGCCCAGCUCGGCACCCCGAGAAGGCCAUCAGGACCAGGGGGGACUCCCCACGCCCUGCCAGCCCUAGCUGGCUGCUGGAGAGAGGCAGCCGGAGCCCACGCUCCGCAAGCCCAUCCCGCAGGCCGGAGAGGAGAGCAGGGGAGCCCGUGAACCCUCCCUGUCGCACUGAGAGAAGCUGGAGAAGCCGAGGGGAGCCUGCCCGCCCCCCAAACUCUGACAGGGGCCGAGCCACCUGGCAAGCAGGGGGUAUACGGCAAGCACUGGAGAAGAAGAGCCGAGGGGACUCCCUGCACCCCACAGGUGCUGGGAAGGGCUCAGAUAACGUCAGGCUGAGCCGGGCAGGGCCACCACCACCACGGGCCCUCAGUCCUGGGAGGCGUACAGAGAGCACGAGGAAAAGCCAAAAGGAGAUCUCCCCUCCCAGCUUGGUGCGGGGGGCAGAGAGGCAACGAGUGAAGCCGGGGGAGCCGCCGCACCUAGCAGGGCCCAGGAAGCCAUCGGAAUGCAGCUGGCAGAGCCUCCGGGAAAAGCUGACCUCCUCCCAGCCCACAAAGGGCACCAACAGUGACUGGAAAGGCCAGGGCAAGCCCCUGCGCCCCACAAGCCCAACACGACCACUGGAGCAGGACUGGAGGGGCCGGGGGGAUGCCCACCAAGCACAGGCGUGGGAGAAGGACUGGAAGCGCCAAGAGAUGCCCGUGUGCCAUGCAGAUGUGAUGCGCCAGCUGGAAAGGGACUGGAAAAAUCCUGCUAGAUGUCUGGAUGUGGGACUACGGCCGGAUGACAGCUGGAAAAGGCCUGAGAGUCCAGUACAGCAUCUGGAGGAGGACUGGAAGGGUCCCGAGCACGCACGAGAUACACACAGCCCUGAGAAGCCAUUGGAAACUGACUCGGGGAAGAAGAGUCUUCUCAUUUACCAUCCCCAGCUGGGUGGAAGCACCUUCCCAUCACAAAGCAGCACUGGCUCCUCAGGAAGCCCGCAGCCACAUUUGAAUGCCAGUAAGAAGUGCAACAAGCCGGAUCUUCUCAAUUUCAAGAAGGGAUGGAUGUCCAUCCUGGACGAGCCUGGAGAGUGGAAGAAACAUUGGUUCGUGCUGACCGACUCGAGCCUGAGGUAUUACCGGGACUCGAACGCAGAGGAGGCUGAUGACCUUGACGGAGAAAUCGACCUCCGUUCCUGCACGGAUGUGACGGAGUUCGCGGUGCAGCGCAACUACGGCUUCCAGAUACACACAAAGGAUGCCGUCUUCACCCUGUCAGCGAUGACCUCUGGCAUCCGGCGCAACUGGAUCGAGGCCCUGAGGAAGAAUGUGCGCCCAGUCAGUGCUCCAGACGUCACCAAACUCCCUGACUGUGACAAGGAGAACUUCCGUAACUGUGUUCCCCAGAAAGGCUCACUCCGGACGGAGGAGCAGCAGCGGCCGGGCUCAGGCUCCGAGGGGAGCUCGAAGGGCAGUCACUGGAAGGCGGAGGGGCAGCGACAUGCCUUUGACUAUGUGGAGCUGUCUCCCUUGCCACAAGACCCUGGAAAUCAGGGCUCCCUGCAGAGGACGAAAGGGAGCUUGAAGGUCUCCGACCGAACUCCCAGGUAUGAGGAGCUGGAGCGGGAUCUGGCCAUGCGUUCAGAGGAGAGGCGGAAGUGGUUCGAGACCCCCGAUGGCAGGGUCCCCAACAGCGAUGGCCCAGCAGGGGACCCUUCCCGCAAGGCCGGGGAGCAGGACCUCCCCACUCCUCCACUUUCGGAGGACCAGCGGAUCCGUCUGAACGAGGAGAUAGAGAAGAAGUGGCUGGAGCUGGAGCGCCUGCCCUUGAAGGACUUGCGGCGGGUGCCCUUGACAACACUGCUGAACCAGAGCAAGGGGGGCCAGGGAGACACCAAUGAGGCGCUGAAAAAGGAGAUCCAGUCACUGCGGGCACAGCUGGAGUCCUGCCGGGCCAGAAACGAGAGCCUUCGGGAGGCAGCAAAAUCCCAGGGGGACAGCCAUGUGCCCCGAGGGUACAUCUCACAGGAGGCCUGUGAGCGCAGCCUGGCUGAGAUGGAGUCAUCCCACCAGCAAGUGAUGGAGGAGCUGCAGAGGCACCACCAGCGGGAGCUGGAGCGGCUGCGGCAGGAGAAGGAGCGGCUCCUGGCAGAGGAGGCAGCGGCUACGGCAGCAGCCAUUGAGGCACUGAAGAAAGCCCACCGAGAGGAAAUGAAUAAGGAGCUGGGCAGGACACGGAGCUUCCAGCAAUGCAGCUCGCUCCCAGAAGCCCUCCAGAAGCAGCACCAGUUGGAUGUGGAGUCGCUGAAGCGGGAACUGCAGGUGCUUUCUGAGCAGUAUUCCCAAAAGUGCCUGGAAAUCGGGGAGCUCACCCAGAAGGCAGAAGAGCGGGAGCAGAUACUGGAGCGCUGUCAGCAGGAGGGGAAGGACCUUCUCCAGAAAAAUCAGGAGCUGCAGACCCGCCUCUCGGACGAGAUCGGGAAGCUGCGAAGCUUUAUUUCAUCACGGGGCUCUGGGGACCGCGCUGCGCACAACAACGAGCGGAGUUCCUGCGAGCUGGAGGUGCUGCUGCGGGUGAAGGAGAAUGAGCUCCAGUACGUAAAGAAGGAGGUGCAGUGCCUCCGGGAGGAGCUGCAGAUGAUGCAAAAGGACAAGAGAUUUGCCUCAGGGAAAUACCAAGACGUCUAUGCAGAGCUGAAUCACAUUAAGGUGCGCUCGGAGCGAGAGAUCGAGCAGCUGAAGGAGCACCUGCGCCUGGCCAUGGCGGCUCUGCAGGAGAAGGAGUCGCUGUGCAACAGCAAGUAACGGUCUGCUCUACAUUUGUUAUCUGUUCUUGUUUUGUAUUUGCUCCAUUCCUCACUCGUGGGGAGAGGGAGGUUGAAUCCCUAUCCGUUGCCACCUUGGCAAGGAGUCCCACACACCCCCAACCUCCUCACUCCCCUCCCAAAGCUUUUUUGAUGAACCCUUUUUGCCUGCAUACCUGAGCACAUUGUUUGGACUGGCUCCUUACAUGCACCUUCCUCAGGAUUUUAUAUGUGAAAAUUAUAUUUUAUAGAGGAAUUUUUUUUCCCCAUGGAAAGGAGUUGAAGAGGAGGAGGAAAAUUUUACUACAUCACCAGCAUUUCUCUAAGCUGAAAAAGAGAACCUGGUUUUUCCCCCUUUCCUAGCCCCAUUUCUCCUGGCCACACACAGCCACCUUUGGCACAUAUUCCCUCUCUUCCAAAUGUCUCCACGGUCCCCCUGGGAUGUACGGCAAGGACCAUGCUCCCCCUCCCCGUGCCACCCCCAGGGGCCUGCGGAGAAGACGCGCAAGCCAUAGGAGGGAGCCGCCGGGGCUGUCUGCCAUGGCUGUGCUUGCCUGAGACGGUUGAAAGAGGACACCUUGGCAAGAGUCCACAUGACCGAGCUCUCUCUCCGUGGCUGCCCUUUUGGCUCCUGCAAGAACCUGCAUUGGCAGGAGCCCAGAGCCACGGGGCUUCUCCUUUCAGGGGAAGAGGAGCUGUGAGGCUGCUACUGCAUCCACCCGAGCCAACCUCCCCAAGGUGACAGCUGCUGCUGCUCCGCUGUGCCCUUCCACUUUUAACUUAAUAAAAUCUUCCCCUUUCGCUGAGAAAAA